AUGCCCAGCACCAUCUUUCUCUCCUGGCUCUUCAGCUGUGGGAGCAGGGGCCUGCAGCAGCUCCUGGCCAAGAUCCGCUUCCUCAGACUCCACUAUAAGUCAAAAGAAAACUACCCCUACCUGCAAGCCAGCCGCACGCCUCCCUGUCUGCUCACACCACCAGCAGCUGGUCCUGCUGGUCCUGCCUGCUGGCACUGGCCAUCACCAUCCCGCAGCCGGGCGCUGCUGUCCCCCUGCACCGAUACCGAUGUCGCCUUCACCCCAGUCUCCUGCGAGUGCCCCUUUGAUCCCACCCAUGUCUGUAGGUCCGCGCUGUCCCUCGGGGCUGUCUCCCUCCUGCUCGACUCGAUGGAGAUUGUCUUCAGCAUCCGCUGCCUCCUGCUCACCCUCCGUCUCCUCCACCUUGGCUGCUGCUGCCGUGGCUCGCUGGUCUCCCUGCAGGCAGCCCCUGUGGAGAGCCCCGACCCCAGGCAGUGCCUGGGCUUGCUGAGGCUGCACAGUGGGGAAGCUGCCUGGGUCUGAGUGGCACCUGAGGGACAACCCUGUGGAUGUGCCCGGCCAGCCCUGCCUGUCCCAGCACCUUCACAGCCCCAC